UAAAGAACCUUGGGGACACAUGGAGGGACACAGAAGGAGUGAUGGCAGGGAAUGGUGCUCACUCCAAGGGGGAGAGCUCUGGCUGAGGCAUCUUGGAAAGCUGAGCCUGGGGGAAGCAGAUGAGUGUGUCGGUGAAUUUCAGUUCUGCUUUUCUCUCUGUGCUUGACCCCAUGGAGAAGUGCAGUUGGGGCCGGUCCUCUGUUGUAGCAUGGGGGAUUGAUGACACUGCCCAAAACCGGUGCUACUGCCAUGAGCUCAUUUUUAUUUUAUGAAGAAAUCAGAGUGAUUGCUUGAGGAAUACUGGAUCUAAAUGGAUUUAACCAGGAUCACGUGUAUGGGAUUAAGGGUUCCACUGGCUCAGGGCAUCCUGUGUCUCUUCUUGCUGUGAUGGUGUCACAGACACUUUAGAUUUGUGAUGGACAUUGUCUUGUUCCAUAGCUAUUUUCAUUAUAACCAAGUUGUUGUUUUGGUUUCUUUUUUUGGUUAGGGAUUAGGAAAAUCCAGGCUGUUGCAAUUCCAACACUCACGUGGGAGGUUGCUGAGGGGCAAGGCCCCGUUAUAGGGAUCCCUUUGGGUUCAUCAGAAGGGUGUUCAAGGCAGGACAGGUGGGGCUGUCAUGGCUGGGUGGUUGUGUACAGUGCUCAUCACUCAGCAUGGGACAGCAGGACACAGCACACAGCUCUGGGACCAGACAGCCCCAGCAGUGGGCCCUGUGUGAGAGAAGGUGGCCUGGGAAAAGGUGUCAGCUUCUCUCCCAGAGACCUCAGUGGAGCAGUACAGACUGGUGUGUGAGCCCAAGGAGCUGUGGAACAUGUCCUGGCCUUCUGCCGUGGAUCAUGAAGGGCCACUGUGGUGCUUUCCACCACCUCUCCUCAAGAGCACCAGAAUAAUGGCUGGGUAACCACUCCACCAGGAGAGCUUCAUCCUAACUAGGACAGGAGUGGAGUCAACUCAGAAACGGAAGAUUCUGUUGAGGCAAUGUGAAAUGACCCUGUGUACAAAGGAACUUCAUCAUCAUCGCCAUCUUCCCACACUGGAGAAGUCCGCCCUGAUUGCAUCCGUGGGAUUUUUCUGCUCUUGCUUAAGAAAUAUUUUGAUGGUUUACUCAAAAAUCCCCUCUCUUUGGGGGAACAGCACAUGCCCACACCAGAGGCUGAUUUUCUUUAACAGCUGGAUUUCAGAACCAUGUCCAGAAAUACUUUCUCUGUUUUAUCCAGCAUCCUUGGGGUUCUGAGGUAUUUGGGAUGUUGCACUGCUGCUGCUGCUGCUGGCAGUUCCCAGGAGAUGGGGUAUCCUGAAGGAUAUCUUGGGAAGCUUGAAGCAUGAAACAAGCCUCAUUUGUGCUUUACGAAAUACAAGCAAUUUUUCUGCAAGCAGUUUCCAGGGUCAGCAAAAUGCAAGGUUUUUUUUUUUUUGAGGAAAAACUAAGAGAAGAUGUUUCAACUCCUAACUCUGCACAGGAUACCCCGAUGCCUACCCUGCGCCUUGGGGCGUUGUCCAAGGGCCCUUUGAGCUUUGUCAGGCUGCCAUGAACAGGCCGGGAGCUGUUCCAGUGCCCGGCCACACUGUGGGGGAAGAACCUUUCCCUAAUAUCCAGCUUAAAGCUCCCCGACCCAGCUCCCGCCGUUCUCCCUCUCGCCGGGUUUUCCCACCACCGCUUCCCCUCAGGGCAGGUAUCGCCUUCGCUCGAGCCCCUCAGGGCCGCUCCCGCCAUCGUCUCCCCUCAAGGCCAUUCCCGCCAUCGUCUCCCCUCAGGGCCGCUCCCGCCAUCGUCUCCCCUCAGGGCCAUUCCCGCCAUCGUCUCCCCUCAGGGCCGCUCCCGCCGCGAUGUUCCGCGGACACCGGGCUUGGUUCUCGCAGAGCGUCAGCCCGGGCCCGCGGCGGCUCUGGGCAGACGGUGGUGGGACGAUCGCUCACUGGCUGGAUGCUGACUACCUCUUCAGCAGCGAUGCCACCCACCCCGACACCCGCAGCAUACACGAGAGCCUCAGUUACUUGGAAGGCAGAGCCACAGUCUUUCACUCCUGUUACCUCUCAGUGUGUGCGGACACAUGCGCCGGAGAGAAGCCCUCGGUGGUUCUGGGCCGUUUCAUCCUGCCCCCUGCCUGCCUGCAAGAAGAAAUCAGAAGCAAAAUUGGACGGUUUAUUUGGGAGAAGGCAGAUGCCCUUGAAGAACAGCCCAACAAAAACUUGCCAGAGGAACCAGAAACAGCAAGAAAUGGCUGUGAGGAGGAACCAGAGGAGGCACUAGACCUGGUUGAGAGCAGUGAAGAAACAGACUCUGAAACACUUGCCCAGGGAGAAUUUCCAUACCGUGCCCUCCAGGAAUACCCGAUAAACAACAUGGUGACAGGCUAUGCCUCUGCACGGGACAUGAAGAAAUAUGAGGGGGAACUCCAUGACUUUACCCCCGGCACCUCGGGCUAUGCAGCGUACUGGGUUCAAAGCAAAUUCAGCAUUUACUGUGAGAAGACCAAAAUGAAGAGGAAAUUGUAAGGAACAGGUGGCUGGAGCAGCAAAAACUUCAAUGCAAGAGCUGCCAGGUGAUUUAUAAAUUACCUGACUACAGCUCAGUCUUCCCUGUGUUAUUUAAGUACUGGCUACAGUUAUUACAGUAUUUGCUUCUUUGAGUAACUACUUAAACUGAACUUCACAACAAACAUAAAUACAGAUAUUUCUCCAAAAC